CGCCUUGUCGUCACACCAGUGCUGGCAGCAAUUAAGAAACACGGAAUUUCAAAAACUUGAAGACCGUCCACGGCUCCGGGGCGUCAACUAUUCAAAGUAUAUUUGACAAGAAGUAUCAUCAAUCGGUUGCUGCAUCAAUUGCAGGACCGCCAAAUCUCCUCUCCCGCCCUUGGUCACGUCGAUUCCUGCAUUCUCCUCCGCCUACCGUCGCGAUGGAUGGGCCUCCAUUGGCAUCUCUGUCGCUAACACAUGUCAACUACGAUCCUAGUGAUCCAGUAUCGCACCUGUGCGCAUUUCUUGCACUGGUACCACAAGCGCUGGUCAUCGUGUAUGUCGCUUUGAUAUGGGGCACCCGGGAGAUGGAGAUUCUCCUCAUGUUCGCGGGUCAGAUGGGCUGCGAAGCAUUGAACUGGGUGCUAAAACGAUACAUCAAGGAGGAGCGUCCGACGCAAUCGACGGGUAAGGGAUAUGGCAUGCCAUCUUCUCACGCUCAGUUCGUUGCUUAUUUCGCGACAUAUUUAUCGCUAUUUUUGCUUGUUCGUCACAACACCCGGGACAAUUUUCACCAGUCUACAACGCAUGUUCCAACCCCACUUUGGCAACGCUUAUUGUUGGCACUAUCUUCCUUUGUGGGUGCUGCCGCUGUGGCACAAAGCAGAAUUUACCUCAACUACCAUACGCCGCGUCAAGUGCUUGCAGGAUGCGCUGUUGGAUUUGCUUGCGCAGCAGCAUGGUUUAUCGCAACAAGCAUUGCCCGGAGAUAUGGUAUUGUGGAUCUGUUGUUGGAUCUACCACCCUUGAAAUUCAUCAGGAUGCGGGAUCUGGUGGUCAAUGACACACUUGAGGAUGCGGGAUGGGAGCGGUGGCAGCGAAGCCGGCAGCGCCGAGUAGAAUCGAUCAGGAAGAAGAUCACCUGAGGCCCAUCACUCGUCUGAAUUGAUAUUUUCAGCUAAAGGGUGGAAUAAUUCCGGCUGCAAUCUAGCGUAACUCGAACGUCCAUCGGAAGGCUCGACAUUGACCUGAUGGAUCAUUUCUCGCUGUUCUCAUGCGCAAAGAUGUUGAAGCUAGAGCUUCACAAUUUCAUAUCGUAUUCAAGGGGCCGCAAGUACGGCGUAGAUUUGAUCUUAUAUCGGAGGCAAAGAAUGUUCAUAGAACGUCCAAGAUGAUGCCGAUGAGUUCUUCAAACUCAGCGCGUCCAGC